AGAUAAAGGGAAGACUUGUGGCAAAAAAAGCAAAAAAGAAAAAGGGUAAGAAAUCAGUUGGACAAGUUAGUAAGGAUGUGACCCAUGAAGAAUGUGUUGAUGAGAAUCUUCCUUCAAGCCCAGUAGAUAAAGAUACAAUACCCACUCAGAUGAAGAUGUGUUUCUACAAAGAAAAAUACUCUCUUGAAAACAAAAAUUGCUGUUAAAAAAAACACUUUCUCAGAGAAACAGUUCAGAUUCAGCUGUUGCAGUUGAAAUUGUUCCUAAGAAUAAAGUUUUCUCUACUGAUACAUCUGAGCAAAAUGAGGAGCAGACGAUUAAGGAAAAAUCUCCAAUGAAGUGGAAGCUAAACAAGAAUCAAGGCCAGGCAAAUAAGCUGCUCAAAAAGGCGCUAGUGGUGUCACCCAUAGUAACAUCAGAAUCUGUGAGUAAGACAAUAUCUGCUAAAAGAAUUUUUGAAAAUAGUUCUGAGACAGAUCAGUCCAAUAGCAUGAGUGGUAUAAAUGA